AUGGCAUCUGGAAAUAUCGUGAAACUGGACAUUGGUGGCACCGUCUUCAAAACCACGAAAUCCACGUUGACAAGAUUCGAUGGAAUGCUCAAAGUGAUGAUGGAAACUGAAAUUCCUGUCGAAAAAGACGAAUCCGGAUGCAUUUUCAUCGAUCGCUCGCCAAAACAUUUCGAUGGAAUUCUGAAUUUUCUGAGAGAUGGUCAAGUGACGCUUCCGGAUUCCGAAAAAGAGAUUCUAGAAAUUGAACAAGAAGCUCAGUUUUAUCAAUUGGAUGGUUUGAUGAAAUUGUGCAAAAUGUAUUUACUCGACGUUUGCAUCUUUGAAAUCGAAAGAAUUAAUUUCAGACAAUUGGAGCCUACCAAUAACUUCCGAAUCAUUGAAACCGACAAGGAGAUGUUCGAAAUCAUCACUCAUCCAAAAAAAUCAGUUCUUGUUAUCCACCUUCCAGCUUAUCACGAUGGUACUAUUACAUACCCGCUUGGAUUUGAUGCAAACAUUUUAUCGACAAAAUAUGGAUCGAACUUUGACAUUUAUUACAAACCGUACAAAAUAAAUAACGAUCUUCCCAAGGAGGCAGCGCCCAAAGCGCCUCCACACGCACAUCCCUGCAAGGAGGCCUUGAAGGAGCCCUUUUUCGUUAUUUAUCAGGCUGGCUGCAUUCAUGCCCGUCCACGACGACAUAUGCGUGGAACAGUGACGUUCAUGCAAGCGGUUGAAAACGAAAUCGCGCUACGUUAUAAACUAAAUGAUUCCAGUCUAAAGAUGUCAUCUGGAAAUAUCGUCAAACUGAACAUCGGCGGAACCUUUUUUCAAACCACGAAAUCCACGUUGACAAGAUUCGAUGGAAUGCUCAAAGUGAUGAUGGAAACUGAAAUCCCUGUCGAAAAAGACGAAUCCGGAUGCAUUUUCAUCGAUCGUGACCCAACUCACUUCAGAUUAAUUCUGAAUUUUCUGAGAGAUAGUCAUGUGGCGCUUCCGGAUUCCGAAAAAGAGAUUCUAGAAAUUGAACAAGAAGCUCAGUAUUAUCUAUUGAGUGGUCUGAUGGAGUCGUGCAAAAGAAAAUUGGAACACUCUGCCGUAAAGAAAAUUCCACCCAACCAUAACCUUCGAAUCAUUGAAACCGACAAGGAGUUGCUCGAAAUCAUCACUUAUCCAAAAAAUGCAGUUCUUGUUAUCCACCUUCCAGUUACUUACAGUGGUGCUAUUAUUUACCCACAUGGAUUUGAUGUCAACGCUUUAUCGAUGAAGUAUGGAUCGAUUUUUGACAUUUAUUACAAACUGUAUAAAACACACCAUAAAGUUACCAGCGACCCGUGUUUCGAUAUUUAUGAAGUUAACUCGAUUCAUGCCCGUCCACAUCCACAUUCAUAUUAUCUAGAUAGAACAUUUGCGUUCAUGGAAACGCUUGAACGCGAAAUCGCCAGCCAUAUCAGAACAAAUGGCUAUUAG